UAUGAUCAUACAUGUAUACAUCUGCGAUGCAGAAGACGUGUGCGUGAAUGAGAAUGUGUGCGACAGUGUUCAUAAUAAAGUUUGUUGCUCGAAUGUUUUUAAUACGGGUCUUCCAGGGAUAGUUUUAGUGAAGAUGAAUUGCGACACACCAGUAUCGAAAGCAUACGUUAGGAAAUGCAGAAACAGUGCACUUAUAGGCAUACGAAUACGUUAGAACAUCUACGCCCACUUUUAUGAGCAUAAAGUGGUUUUUCGAUCUAUUUCAGAAUCAUCUCUUGUGGCAUAUCUUAAUGAAAGUGUAACGUUUUGCCUUUUGGUUACGUGUGCUUAGAACAACAUGGGCCGUAAACUGCCGUCAGUGUUGUAAACUUUGACAAGAGACGUGAAGUGUUGUGUAAUUGUGUAACACGGGAAAACGCUGUACAGUUGUCAUUUACAUUUGAGCGUUUUAAAACAAAAAUAUAUUAUUAAAUAUUUUCGUGAAGCAUGUUGCGGUCAUGGGUUAAUGAAGCGGUAGGUGUAUUGUGAAGGGAAGUGAACUGUUCGAAAAUUUGUUAAUAAGGUUGUGGUUACUUAAAACAAAAUUUACGAGCCAAUUACCACUAUCAGGCAAAGAAGAGCACAAAGUCUGGAAAAUAGUGAGAGGUAUGUUUACCAUGUCUAGCUUCUUGCUGUGGUGGUAAUGUGGGAUGGCAACUUCCGUGUCACCACCAGAUGGGCCUGCCCAUGUGAACUCACAUUCACAUCAGCGAUCAAGCACACGAGUGUCUCUGCCAGAGAAAGUUUCACAGCUGUAUUACGCCCAUGGACUGUUCUGUGCUAGUCAUCAGUGGCUUGUUUUGGGAUUUGCUGCCAUUGUUGUUUUGUUGUGCUGUUACCCACUGCUGAGUCUACCUUUACCAGGUAAUGUUCCUCAGGCACUAGUAGGAAACAAAACAUUCAUUUCCUCUAAUGUUCAAGCUCCAUUGUCGUCAUCUCAGCAGAACUCUGAACUUCCUCGAUGGUUCUCUGGCACACCAUUACUUUAUGUUCAUCAGGUAAUAGUAAGAUCUGCUGUGUGUCCAUGGGCUGAUGACUUGGUGCUUGCUGAUGGUUUUCGUGCACCUCUUGGAGAAGCUUUCAGAUUGCUUGAUGCUGUUAGAGACUAUCACCACGAGAAUAAUUCAUUGACACUUUCUGAUGUCUGCCUUCACGUGGAAUCUGCUGUGGCAUUGGCGCCAGAGCAUCGAUCAAUGGUGCCAGAGUUUGGAUGCCUAGUUUUGAGUCCUGCUGGCCUUUGGCAUCAUGACCCAGGACGUUAUGCUAAAGAUCCUGCACCACUGAGGACUGUAUUCACAUACCAAGGUGUUCAGCAUGGGAAGGUGAGUCUGUCAGAAGUUCUUCUGGGGCAUUGCGUGAAAGACACUGGAGUUAAGAGGUAUCCACUUCGAAGUCGGCAGAGAGUGCUGCAGUAUGCACUCACCCUAUUUCUUCGUGUUCACAGUCAAGAAUUUCUUGAUGGACUCCACCAGCGUUUGCGGCGAUUGUACCCACUACAUCAAGGAGGUGUUCAAAAUCUGGAUACGACAUACAAAAAUGAAAAUGAUUUGCUGCAUGUGUACUACCCAGGAAAAUUCAGUGCUCGAGCUGUUGCUCCUUUGAUUGCCACUUUGGUAGCCAUUUUUGUUUAUGUCUACUUUUCUUUGCGAAAAGUUGAACUCAUCAAAUCAAAGCUGGGGAUUGCAUUUGCAGUGGUGAUUACAGUUUUGGCAUCUCUCUUAAUGUCUGUGGGUCUAUGCUUCUCUUUUGGCCUGACCCUGUCCAUGAGUGGUCGUGACUACUAUCCAUACCUUGUUGUAAUUGUUGGACUGGAAAACGUAAUUAUUCUCACAAAAUCGAUAGUGUCUACUCCACCUCAUCUGGAUGCAAAAAUCCGUGUUGCACAGGGGUUGAGCCGAGAGGGUUGGUCUAUUACAAAGAAUCUUUUAACUGAGGUCACAAUCUUGACUUUCGGGUUAUUCACUUUGGUGCCAGCUAUUCAGGAAUUCUGCAUUUUUGCUGUUGUUGCACUUCUUUCAGAUUUCUUCUUACAGGUUGUAUUUUUUUCGACUGUGUUGGCUGCAGACAUUAGACGAGCAGACUUGAGUGGAUUAGAUGGUUCAUCAGGUGUUAGCAGUACCCCAUACACAGCUGCAGUUUCACGAUCUUCUUUCCUGUCCGCUGAUGUUGGUGACAGUGUAGCAGGUCGUCGAAGCGGCCUGCAUCGCUCUCGUUCACACCCUCGUUUGGAAUCAACUUCAGCAAGCUAUCCUGCAAGCAUUGUGGCUCCACCAUUGGGAAGAACAUACAAUUCUGCUGCUGUCCUUAUACCAAAGCGACUGCGUGUGGUGCAUUUCUGGGCACGCACUCGAAUCGUUCAGCGUGGCUUUAUGGUGUUCAUGGUUGUAUGGAUAGCCGCAAUUGUGUAUGACUCUGGUAUUAUUGAACAGCUGUUGCCGGAUGGUGGAGGAACAACAUGGCACCCAACUGACUCUGUUUCUGAUUUCAGUGUUGAAAAUAAGCAAAAAACUGUGGAAAACUCCAUUUAUGAUGGUCCAGAGAAAAGAGCCAUACCACCACUUCUCACUGAUUCCAAGGACAAAGGAAGUAAUGGAGGAAAUCAUUACACUAAUGGGAAUAGUAAUGGGGGUAGUAUACUUUCUGGCCUGCCGUGCCAAAAACUUUUGCCUCAGCCAAGCCGCUGGGAACCUGCUGUUAGUGUCAAAGAAGCUCGUCGGUGGCAGGCUGCACUCCAACUCUACAACAUUUCAGUGAGUGGUCAUUACAUCACCGUUCUUCCACCACUCCACCUAUUGGCUCCAGUGUCUCCUCAAGCAGCCAGAAUAGCUCGUCAUCCUGAUGAUAUUCCGGGAUCUCUCAGUCCUGCAUCUUCAGGAAGUGGACCUCCUGGAUGGGAAACUUUGGCUGCUGCACUUGAUUCAGGGGAUUUCGAUCUGAAUUCUGCUGACCUUAGGCAUGAUGGAUCUGCAAGCUCAGCAUCUCACCAGUCGUCAGCACCUUUGGUGCCCCAGUCACCUACAGAGCUGUUUUUAACUGCAGUUCUUUGUGCUGUGAGUGUAGCUGUGAUUGCUUACACCACUGCUGUGCUCUAUCGCUGUGUCUGUUCCCGUAAUUAUGCAGAGUGGCGUGCUGGUUGGAGUGGAGAAGGCAGUGGGGCAGCUAAUGAAGGUGACACACAGGUAGUCUUGAGGGAAUCUGUGCCUCUUGCACUGGAGGGUCAUACUCAGCAAGUAGAAUGGAUUGUUGCUGAUGGUGGCAUUAUAGUCAGCUGCUGCUUUGGUGGGGAACUGCGUUCUUGGGAUGGGCUUUCGGGAGAGUUGCUUGCCUUCACAGACAGAGCAAGGUUCUUCUCACACCCACCAAUACUCCGUUCAUGUUCAGAGGAGGGUCCCCAUUCUGACUAUGAAAGUGGUUCUCCACCCUCACGUGGUGAUGAGCCUUCUUCUGUUAUCACACCAUUGCCAGGAAAUCAGGUGUUACCAUCCUUUCCUGAUUUGAGGCAUGCUAUAUCUGCAAACUUCACAUCUGCUUCUCAUCAGCAGCUUUCCGUAGUGGCACCUCCAGAUCCCAGAACUGGUUUUGACUAUGGAGAGAGGUACCGCUUGCUGUUUGAAGAGUUUAUUUCUCAGCAACGCCAAAAAACUGAGCGUACAACGGAUUUUCCAGUUUUACAAGAAAACUGUUCAUUCCGUCCUCCCUUGUCUAAUCCAACACCAAUUCCGGGUUCCACCCUCCAUCGAACACUGCCGUCGGCAGAGCCUCCAUCUCCAGUAUCACCCCAUUCAGCCAGUCCUUCAACAGUGUCGUCUCGGCCUCCACCUCCUGUCUGGUGCCUAGAUUGCCGGGACAACUUGGUGGCUGCUGGUUGUGCUGAUGGGAGACUGGAGUUUUGGGAGGCCAAUACAGGUGCAUUUAAGUGUCUGUUUGAUGAUGGCAGUGGAGUGGCAGUCACAGCUGUAAAAGUAAUUGGGAAUCGGGUGGUGGCUGCUCGUUUGAAUGGAGCUCUAGAUUUUCUGGAACUUGAAACUUUUGGGAAAAGUGGCAAACGUCCCCUUGCACUUGAUGGUUGGGGAUUCACCAAUUUUCGGCGCACACAUAUACGAACAGGAAGUGCUGGCUCUGCAGCUGAUAUGAAGUUUAUUGGAUCCAGUGGCAGUGCGCAUGGAAAUACGGGACAGAAAAAUGAAAGUGAAGCUGUAACUGAGGAGGAAGUUCGCUGUUCACGUUUAGUUCAAGCUCGUGCUCACAGGCAACCAAUCACUGCUUUGGACUGUGAAGGAGGUCGUGUUGUAACUGGAGGCCAGGACCAUUGCAUGAAGGUUUUUCGGUUGGAAGAUCAGCGGCCACUGUACACAUUGCAUGGACAUUGUGGACCUAUUACCUGUGUUUUUAUUGACCGCAUUUCUCCAUUACUUUCUGGUUCUGGCAGCCAAGAUGGACUUCUUUGCGUGUGGGACCUACUCACAGGGACAUGCAUGUAUAGUAUACAAGCACACGAUGGAGCGGUUUUGUCUUUGACAUACUCAGCAAGUUACGUAAUUAGUCUGGGAUCUGAUGAGAGGCUUUGUGUGUGGGAAAGAUUUCAAGGUCAUCUUCUCAAUACCAUCAAUCUAAGCAACUCCUAUUGUCCAAGUAUUGUUAUGCUUACUCAUAACUUGCUUGUCACAAGCAAACAGGAUUCCUUGAUUGUGUGGGAUGUUCGGACAGGUGAACCAGUUCGUGUGGUACGCUUGAGUGGUGGUGGUGCUCUUGUGAAACAGUUAGUGUUGUUGGCCCCAGGUGAUUCAGUAGCGUGUGACUGUGGAAGCCAAGUCCGAGUGGUGCGGUUCCCUCUCGCGUGUGAUAAGACUGAUUAAAUCGUGAGGUCUGCCACAUAAUUUUAACUUUAAAAAAUUGUAAACUAUAGGCAGCUGGAAGUGUAUUACAGGAAAAUUGUCAUCUGCACCCACUAAGUUGCUCCAUAACAUUCUGAGUGGAAAAGCAAGAUUUCAGAAGACACAAAGGGUGAAACUGAUUUUUCCCAGUGUGUGUUAACCUCUGACACAUUCAUGACAGAAUUAUGCUUGUCAUGCAGCUGAUAUCACGUAUACAUGUUUAGGAUGGGAAUGUUUUGUGUUGUGAUCAAGUUAGUCUUUUGUUUUUAUUGUAAUUUGGAAGUGUGUUUCUUAUAUCUAUUUAUAAUUGUGUGAAGAAGUUGUUUGAGUGAGUAUGUUUGUAUCAGCACAUUUUUCAUAUUCAUUUGCAGUUAACUAAAAUCAGGGCAUAUGAUCAUAUGUUUAGAAUAUUUUAGGAUAAGGUUAAGCGACAUGAUGUCUCUGUUGGUUAAAGCAUCAGCGAUGAUUUGAAAGUUGUUGAUUCAAGUCAAGAUAGGCAUUAACAUAUUCCCCAGUGUCAAAUACGGCAUUCUCUUUUGACAAAGCUUUGUUUAUUUACUCAUGCCAUUUCACUGUGUGGUUUUGAUGGCAUGCAAAUUUUUAGGUCACCAUAACUUGGAGGAUAUGGAUUAAAAUAUAUGAACACUAGGGAAUUCCAUCUCACAUCAGGCACAUGUUAUCAUUGUGUUGUUAAACCUUUGGUUGGAUGACUUCUACUUAACUAUAUUCCUAAGAUAAUGUAGGGAACUUAAAUAUUGCAGUACAAAAGUUGAAACCUGUGGUUCUGUUUAGAUCAGCUUUUCUGAAAGAAUUUUGCAUUGAAAUGUGAAGAAUCUUGUAUCCCACUCUCCUCCCAUCAUUCAUCUGUUCAUUUCUACAGAAACCUCAGUUUACUAAUUUUAUUUUAUUGUUACAUUUAUCUUCCAUAUAUUUUGUUCAUAUAAUUGCUUUUCUCUGCCUUUUUCUUUAUCAUAUUAAAAAAAAUACACUGGACUGAAUAUGAGGCACUUGCCCAUGGUUUGAUUCUCUUCUGAUCACAUGUCAGGUAUUGCUGCUUCCCUAUUUUAAUAGUUUUACUGUUUGUGUAAGUCAUCAAGGCCAAAGUGUGACACUAUUGAGAAUCCACUGUUUGCAGUUACCAGAAAGUGAAUAUACAUACAAGCUGUUGCUGGAUUUUGACCAGUUAUUUUGCAUUAUAUCCUGUAUAAUAUGUUGUAGUGUAUCUUUCUUUACUGCAGUGUUAAUUAAUGCUGAUGUUCUGAAGUACGCCCAUUCCACACCUUACCAUAGCAUUUCAUUUUGUCUGUCUCCAUUCAUGCAUUAUUGAGAGAGAGAGAGAGAGAGAGAGAGACAAUUUCUUAACUAAUGACUUCAUUUUUAACAUUCUGCAAGUAGUGCCAAAUAUCAAAUGGGGUCAUUAUUUAGUGCUUUAAAUGUGAUGAGUUUCACUUUUUUACUCCAGGGGUGUGAGUCACUAUCUCACAUCAGUUUUUCAGUGUUCUUUAAUUUGUGUGUUGUCUACAGAGUUUUCCACUUUCCUUUUGCUAAACAAAUUGUAAUUUUGAUUUUAGGUAUAUGUAUGUAGUUUAUUUAUUUAUUUAUUUUUUUCUUCCCCCUCUUAGCACAUAACAAUUGGUGUUAGUAAUUCUCUUGUGUUGGCAAAAUUAUAAAUCUUAAUGAGUCAGAACCAAGUGAAAUCCGUUGACUACAUUUUAUAAUGUAUGAUUUUCUGUGAUUCACAGCAAAAGUAAAUCAAAUUUUGGCCAGUAGUAAUUACAGUGACGAUUAUGGCCCAGUGGUUUCGAAGUCUUACGCUGCUUCUUUUACAAUUCAGUGGAAAUUAGACUACUUAGAAAAUGUUUUUUGUCAUUAUCAUUUAAAUAUUAUUAGAAAUAUAAUAUAUUAGAGGGUUUUGUGCAGGAAAGAUGAAGACAUUGAUAACAUCUAUAGAUUUACCCAAAACAAUUGCAAUGUCUCAUACACUCUGAACUCAAAUACUUUUACACAUAUUCGUAAAGGGAAAGCUGUAGACAUGGAAAGAGCAUGAAGGGGAGGGUUAUCAUCUCAGAAUCCAGUGGUGAAUGAAGCAAAAGAGGAAAGAAGUAAUAAAUUGGGAGUUACUGGUUUGUUGAUAUUUCUUUUAUUGUUUUUUGUAGAACUGUUUUAAGUGCCUUUACUUGUAUGUAUAUUGAU